AUGUCUCUUAUUAAGGUUCCCUAUCUAUUGUCCUCGGCUGUUGGUCUGCAUGUCGCUUGCACUGCACCUGGCGCCCCCUCUUCCGACGAGGUAAUACAAUUAACCCCAAGGGAGAUUUUCCUGCGAGGCACUGCUAUACUUACGUCUGCAAUCAAGGGUUGUUUCUGGCUAGGUGCGUUAGGGGAGGUGGGGACAAUUAUCUUGCCCCAAAUUCCGCCAUCGAAGCUUCCACCUAGCGCUUUUACUCUUCUGAAAGCGCUCGGGGGACCAGACACGCGCCCAAUCACCGUUGCAUUUCUGGUUGGAAAUACUCUGGUUUCAUUCGGCGGAUUCUUGCGCUGGCAAUGUUACCGCACUUUAGGUCGAUUCUUCACCUUUCAACUCAGUGUGCGCAAGGACCACCGUCUAGUCACCACAGGGCUUUAAUCUAUUGUGCGCCACCCAAGUUACGCAGCCUCUAUGGUAUGCAUAUGUGGUGCAGCUAUUAUGCACGGUCAUUCGGGGUCGUGGCUGAGAAAGUGUGGGAUAAUGGAGAGUGUGCUGGUGAGAAGUACAGUGAUCUUCUGGUUUUCUUUCCUAGGCAUUUGUCUUGCGGUUUUGCUCUCGAGGGCUAGACAGGAAGAUGAGAUGAUGAAGGAGUUUGGGAAGGAGUGGGAGGAGUGGGCAAGUAGAGUGAAAUAUAGGUUGAUACCUUGGGUCUUCUGGUAAUCUACAUGCAACGAUUAUGGGCGACUAUUGAGCUAUGUUUCACGGUGCCAGCCUGGCAAACAGACCAUCAGUGUUAUACACCGUACCUUCAAAUUCAAUGAUAACAAAAACAUGUCUACUU